CUCAACAAGGGCCUUUGUUAUUGUAAUGACUCUGCAGUAUUUGCAAAAAUACUCCUUAUAUAGUAUACCUGAGAGUAUAAGCCCUAGCUCUUGUAUAGACUGAUAGGCCUUUGUACUGACUGACGAAGGAAAGAACACGAUCAGUCUCAGAGUCCAAGGUGAAGGCUUGUUAUUUUUUGCUGCGUGAAGGCAAAGCGCUUUGCUUAGAAGACACCGCAUCAGUGCCGCAGUGAGCUGACCGGCAGGAUGGGUGACCAAAGCAUUCCGCUGAACGACGGCCUCGAACUUCAACAACCCAACGGCGAAAUAGAGAAGCCAAAGAAACCAGUGGUAACAACAUGUGGACUGGGACCAUGUCAACCCAAAUGCAUGAGACCUUUAGCCAAUAUAAAACUCUUCACAGCAUCUUUGGCGAUUCUUGUCGCUUUUUAUGGCGCACUUGCAACAUAUGUUGUAUCAGUGUUGACAACCAUCGAGAAAGCUUUCGGUUUUCCUAGCUCAAAAUCAGGCUUUAUUACCAGCACCAAUGACAUUGGAUUCUUGAUAACUGUCAUCCCUGUCAGCUACAUGGCCAGCAAGGCACACAAACCCAUGGUCAUCGGGAUUUCGGGCUUGUUCAUCGGAGCAAGCGGGGUCCUCAGUGCGAUGCCUUACUUCAUAUGGGGAGGCGGUAUGCAUGAGAGCAAAGCGACUGAAGUUGCCUUCAACUCAACGGAGCAGUUAACACCGCCUAUGGCUCUUCUUAAAUCAAGUCUUUGCACCAUCAGGAAUGAGAGCGUGUACACUGCUUUGAAUGAUACGAACGCAUGCGAGGAAGAGUUGUCAGAUGAAGUUGCGGCUCGGAGCACGGGGGCUUAUGUUACGCUUGUGAUCGCACAGGUCAUCAUAGGAAUUGCUGCUUCGACGCUCUGGUCUCUUGGAAUGACCUUCAUUGAUGACAAUGUGAAGAAGCACGUGUCCUCCAUAUAUCUGGGUAUCCUGUUCAGUCUGAGGACUUUGUCACCCAUCCUUGGAUUUGUGCUCGGAGCUGUGUUCACAAGCAAGCCUGUCGACCUGAAGCCCACGAACCUCACUCCUUUUGAUCCCCAAUGGGUGGGUGCCUGGUGGGUAGGAUUCCUAGCAUGCGGCAUCAUCAUCUUCCUGGCCGGCAUCCCACUACUCUUCUUCCCGAGGCAACUGCCAAUACCGAAAGAUGACCCCGAGAAGCGAAGAAAGAAAGAGGAGAAAAAAGCCAACAAGAAACAGAAGAAACGCCCGUUUACGGAGUCACCGAUGAUGAUGGGUGGAGGAGGUGGCGAUGAGAAGGUAGAUUUGAAAGGCCUGGUAAAGGCAUUGAAACGCCUCCUUACCAAUCCAAUAUACAUGUCCAUCAUUCUGGGUCUUGUCUUCAGUAUCUUUGGCUUCAUUGGAUUCUUCACCUUCAUACCGAAAUAUCUCGAGACCCAGUUCGAUAUCACUGCAUCUAAAGCUGCCAUGUUUCUAGCCUUGCUCUCAGCCCUUCCCUCUGCCAUUGGGACCUUCUGCAGUGGGCUCAUGACCUCAAGGCUUCGACUGGAUCACCUUGGCCUAGCCAAGGUCAACUUAAUUCUUGGUAUCAUCGCCUUCUGUCUACGUAUUGUGUUCAUGUUUUUGGGAUGUCCAUCUAAUGAUGUCAUUAACGGAGUGACAGCUAAUGAUGUUUAUAAUUUCACAGAGUCGUGUAACGCCAACUGUGGAUGUAGUGUGAAACAAUACGGCCCUGUUUGCGGAAGUGACGGAAAAACGUACUUCACGCCGUGCCAUGCCGGCUGUCUUGAUUUACCCAAUGGCAACAAGACAUUCCAAGACUGUGGUUGUAUUCCAGACGGUGUAGCAACCCUGGGUCCAUGCGUUGAAAAGUGUAACAUGAUCAUACCUUUUGGUAUAUUGAUGCUAGUGACCACGUUUAUAUCAGGACUCGGAAUGUUGCCUGGUGUCAUGCUAAAUCUAAGAUCCAUGGAAGAGAGAGACAAAGCGCUCGGCCUUGGUUUGCUCAUGUUCGUUUUCUCUGUCAUUGGGAUCCCAUCCCCAAUUGUUUUUGGGAGUCUGAUCGACAAUGUAUGUAUGGUGCACAGCAACCAGUGUGGCUUAGAACGAUGCUUGGUCUACGACAAGACGCCCUUGAAGAACCUCAUGUUCGGAGUGUUUGUCUGCAGCCAAGUUCCUGGCAUCGCAUUUGGUGUGUUCAUCUUCAUUUAUCUGUACAAGAAGAAACGGAGGGAGAAAAAACAUGGCGGAGAGGCUUUGGCCAGCCUUGCAGAUAAUGGCAACGUGGACGUCUAUGACAUCACCAGUGGGAAUGACCAGUUCCUAUUAGCGAUAAAGCGACUCUUCACAAAUCGGGUUUACAUCUGCUCAUGUGGGAGCAUGCUGAUUUCUGCAUUUGGGCUUAUUGGAUUCUUCAUUUUUCUGCCCAAAUAUUUGGAAAAUCAGUUCGGUCUCACAGCUUCUCAAACCAGUAUGGUUUUAGUCGGGACAUCCUCAAUACCGGCGGCAAUAGGAGUAUUUUCCAGUGGGUUCCUGACAUCCAAACUACGCAUGGGUAUGGUUGAAUUGGCUAGGUGCAAUUGUCUGAUAGGAAUUGUGACCAUUGGACUGCGGCUAAUCUUCAUAGGAAUCGGCUGCUCAGUCCAACAAGUGCAAGGGCUACAGGGAUUCGAUGAGUACAACUUCACAGAAAUUUGCAAUCUGGAAUGUCACUGUCAUCUAGAUUACUACAGUCCUGUCUGUGGGAGCAACAAUGUUACAUAUUACUCUCCAUGUCAUGCAGGUUGCUCAGAGUACAAUUCUACGACCAAUUUCAAAAACUGUUCCUGCAUUCCUGAUGGUGACGCUAUCAAGGGUCUGUGUCGGGAACCCUGUGAUAUGCUCAUCCCCUUCUGUGUGAUUCUCUUUGCUGCUGCACUCCUGAAUGGAUUAGGAUCACUGCCUGGUAUGAUGCUGAUAUUAAGGACUAUGGGCGAUCGGGACAAAGCCCUGGGACUUGGAUGCCUGAUGUUCCUUUUCGGCAUAGUCGGCAUUCCAUCCCCAAUUAUCAUUGGUCACAUCAUAGAUGGAACAUGCCUUAUUUACGAGAGCUCCGCAAAAGGUUCUUGUCUUAUCUAUGACAGGGAUUUACUGCGGACACGAUUGCUAGGAGGCUGUCUUGGAAUGGGAAGUUUCUCGGUCGUGUUUGGACUGUACAUUUGGUGGUAUAUUUGGUCAGAAGCAAAGAGAGAAGAACAGGCUAAGGAUGAGGUCAUUGAUGACGUGGCUCAGGUGACCUUUGAUAGGACCAGCAAAGAUCCAAGUAGGCCAAGAAGCUUCAAUUAUGAUGAUGACAAUGAUGGUGAUGGUGAUGAUGAUGAUGUCGGUGAGACUGACCCAUGUUUUGGUGAACAAAACAGCUUACCUGCUGCAAUGAAGCGACUCUUGAAGAAUCGUGUAUAUGGCCUCUCUUGCUGCGGGAUCAUUCUAACUGCAUUUGGACUGAUCGGAUUCUUCACCUUCCUCCCCAAAUACAUAGAAAAUCAGUUUGAUGUAACUGCUUCCCACGCCAGUAUGAUUUUAAUUGUGGCAUCUGCAAUUCCAGCCACGAUAGGAACAUUUUCCAGUGGGUUCAUGACAUCCAAACUGCACAUGGGUAUGGUGGAAUUGGCCAGGUGCAACUGUCUGAUAGCCAUAGGGACCAUCGCACUUCGACUUAUCUUCAUAGGGCUAGGAUGUUCAUCCACACCAAUACAUGGGCUGACUGGAUACGACCAGUACAACUUCACAGAAAGUUGCAAUCGACAAUGUGACUGUGGUAUAGAUUACUUCAGCCCUGUUUGUGGGAGUGAUGACAUCACUUAUUACUCUCCUUGUCACGCGGGAUGCUCCGACUUCAACUCGACAAUUUCACAGACAGCCUUUCAAAAUUGUUCCUGCAUUCCUGAUGGUGGUGCCAGGAAGGGUUCGUGUCGCAAGGGCUGUGGCAUGCUCAUCCCCUUUGCCGCUGUUCUGUUUGCUGCAGCCCUGUUAAAUGGAUUAGGAAUGAUGCCUGGUGUCAUGCUCCUAUUGAGAAGUACUGAAGACCAGGAUAAGUCUCUGGCACUUGGCUUCCUAAUGUUCCUUUUCUCCAUAGUUGGGAUUCCAGCCCCCAUAGUCUUUGGUUCCAUCAUAGAUGGAACUUGCAUGUUCCAAGACCCCACAGCCUGUGGUGCAUGCCUUAUCUACGACAAGGACCCACUCCGGACACGCAUGCUUGGGACCAGCAUAGGAAUGGGAAGUUUCCCCAUCUUCAUUGGACUGUAUAUUUGGUGGUAUCUUUGGUCAAAAGCCAAAAAACAAAAUAGAGUAAGGGACCAGGUCUUAAAAGAUGCAGUUGUGACAUUUGAUGGGAAGGACAUGUGUGUCAUAGAUCAACAAACUGUGGUCUGAGCAAGCCUGUAGUCUAUUUCAUGAGAAAACAGCACUCCGAUUUUUGCUGAUUUCACAGACAAACUUAACUUACUUACUCACAGCAGUUCAACAAAAUAUAUUCAUGUUAAAAUUUGUUCAAAAUUCUGUCAAGAUUAAAGUAGCUUGUUGAUUGAUGUCGACAGUUCAACAAAAUACAUUCAUGUCAAAACCAGUAAAAAUUCUGUCAGGGUAGAAGUAGCUUAAUGAUGUAGGGUUAUCUUUUUAAAAAGCAAGAAUUCGCCCAAACAGAUUAUUAGACUGAUGAGAUCAGUAUAGCGACCAGUAAAUUUCCAAAUGUAUCUCUGAACUUGCACUUACAUACAGACAAUUAUAGAGUCAGUGACAGUCUUCAUUUAAAUGCUCAUAUUGAAAACUAAGGCACUGGUUUUUGUAAAUUAUGUAAAUCAUAUUUGUCACUGCUUAUUUUGAUUGAGCCAGUGAUUUGGUCAAUGAGGUUAUCAUGUAUUGAAAAUUUACAUUAUCUUAUUCCGAUUAAUAAACACAUUUUAUGGACCUUUCUUGCAUCUUUCUAAAGGUUCUGACCUCAGGCUGAACACAGUCAAACUCAUGUUAAAACAUGGUAUGGUAUGCAUUUCAUCAACAAAAUGAUAAACAAAGUAUAAAUUAUAACAGUAUUUAUGCAGGUUAUUUAUUCAAAGUAUAACAGUUCAAAGCUAUAACUUGCAGAAAGAAGCAGCAGGAAUUAAAGCUCUUAUUGAAAAAAACAUGUCAUUUGUUUCAUUGU